CUUUAGUCUUUUGUUUCUACAACAGCUUUCUUCUUCACUUUGUUGAGCUGACAGAAAGAGACAACAUGUUCAGGAUUACUCUCAUCGUCUGUGUUUCACUGAUAUGUGGAAUCACAGCAAAGCCUUUGAGUAAAAUUAGAGACGAAGCCUUGCAGCGAGCUGUUCUGUCCUUACAUGACAAAGGCAAGAUGUCCUGGGGAAUACAAGUGGAGCCUCCAGAGGACAUGGAUGAGGCUCAUUUUGACAUCGACCCCAGAAUGAGGAUCUGGAGGAGGGUGGUGGAGAGCACACUGAAGCAACAGCCCCGGAAGCCCGAGGAAGACUUGGAUGAGCUGUUCCAUCCUUCAGUAGAAAAGCUACUCCAAAACCUCCCUGAGGCCAACGUCGCUGAAGAGAUGUCGCAGGGAGAGGCCGAAAUGAAGAAAAGCGAUGCCCCGGUGGAGGAUAAAGAUGACAUCGACCACCCUGCCGUCAGUGAAGUGGCUCAAGAGGACCCUAAACAGGUCUGGGAUGAAGACAAAGCAAGACAGUUCCUGAGCCCAUUUAUGUCCCCACUACUGGCCAGAGGCAGAGCCAAUAUGGGGCUCCGAGGUCCAUUUGCGCUGAUGGAGCAGAUGAGACACAGGAUGAGGGGUGAAGGUGAGGUCAGAGUUCACCUUGAGCCAGAGGUGGACAUGGAUGACGUUUACCACAAAGAGCCCCACAUGCCCGUCGUUUACCAAGAGCAGUCUGAAGUUAAGGCUGCAGAUUCUGUUGAUUUGCCUUCUCAGCAGAAGUACAGCGAGCCAGAGGAAGAUAUGGAUCACCUCUACCACCAGUGAUCAGCUCAAACAUAAACCAUGUACAACAUUAUCAUGUCAAAUUAGAUUGCAGCUGCAGCAGGUGAAUACGUGAGGUAAACACCUGAGUCAUUUGAUUCUAUUGCACUGUUGUAAAAAUAAACACAUCUGUCACUCAUGCAUCUUAAUAAUAAAGACAACUUGUAUCAAA